AUGAGUGACUCGUCAGACGAUGACCAACCUUUCAACCUGCGGGACUACGCGGACGAUGGUACCGAUGAAGAACGACCCAAUAAACGUCGCAGGACCAUGAAGACCCUCCGAACUCGUGGCACAGCAUUUGUCAAAUCGACGGGACAGGAAGAUGAACAAGACGAGGAGGAAGAUGAUGAAGAUGUCGACGAUGAAAUACCAACCAUGGGGUUGGGUAUGGGAUCAGGCAUGGCCUUCAACCCCGCCUCAGGGUUGGAUGGCUUCCGCAACUCCUUCAACAUAGGCGAAUACAAUGAGGAAGAGGCUGAAAGCCCUGUGGCACGACCAGACAUGUCCCCUCAACAGCAGCCCGAAAAGGCCAGUGGUACUGGACCAUCAGCAUUUGGCGCAGGGGGGAAAAUUCAGAAGAACUCUUUCGCUGCGCGCAUGAUGGCCAAAAUGGGUUACACAUCUGGUCAAGGUCUGGGGAAAUCUGGACAAGGUAUUACUGCUCCGAUCCAGGCUAAAGUUCUAUCCAGUCGAGCGGGUUUGGGCCAGGGAGGCGGUUCAGCGGACCCUCCGCGACGAAAGACCGACCGAAGAGAAGGACAACCGUCGUCCAAGGUUACAACGCCGGGGGCGAGCACCCCGAGAAUCAAGGCACCUCCCAAAGCCAAAUAUGCGAUCAAUGCGAUUGAGUCGCGGGGCCUGCACGUACCAGAGGCCAUGAAACAACUCAUCGUGGAUGCGACUGGCGCGGAGACCAAGACGAUCACAUCCUUGUCAGGCUUCUCAACUCCGACGCGGGAAACUUCGCCUGCCCCAGCGGCACUCGAAGCUGCCAAAGCCACCGCGCGCAUCAAACUCCAAUUGCAAGCAUUCGCCGACGCGUGGGAUGCGACGAAAGAGCAAGAAAUACACCUGGACGCGGAAGAUACCCAAUUAGGUGCAUCUCUGGCGCUGCAUGAUGAGGAGAUCCAACGAUAUAAUGACUUGAUCUCGGCAUUCGAGAAAGUCACAGUCGACGACUCAAUGGAAUCUCGAGACUGGGAUUCUUCCAUAGCUCGGCUGCAGACCAUCCAAGCCAACUACUCGAAUUACAUCCAAGAUCUAUCCCUCUCAGAAUUGACCGUUUCCUGCCUUGAGACGACUUUCCGUCGGGAGAUGACCGAGUGGGAUCCGCUCGGUGAGCCGAACCAUCUCGUCACAUCCUUGCUCUCAAUCUCGGAGCUCCUCGAGAUACCCAAGUCUACGGCUUCAAAGCCUCGUAAACGAACCACCCCCUUCGAGACCUUGCUACUAUUACACUGGUACCCACGAAUCCGGACCGCCCUGUCCAAGGAGUGGGACCUCUACGACCCGGACGCGGCCUGCUCGCUCAUCACAGCAUGGACGCCCCUCUUAUCCCCAUGGCUGCUCUACAAGAUUGUCCAUGAAACCAUUCUCCCCCGGCUCAUCGAGGCCGUGAAGCGUUUCCCCAAACAAAUCGAAUCGACGACGCUCUCAUCACGAAACAGUCGCUCCAAGAAGACCGCACCGGCAAUGCACACCUGGCUGUUCGACUGGUGGACGCUGCUAUCAUCGCCAGACCUCGAAUUAGAGCGGUUCGCGGAGCUCAAAUCGCUGGUCAAGGGAAAAGUCGGCAGCGACAGCUGGACGGCAUGGAAGCCACUGCUGGGAGGGUCACGACACGCCAACAAACUUAACUCCAGCAGCCGAUAUGCCAACUCUUACUCAUCCGCGGCCUUCAAAUCGCCCACAUCGGCAUCCACAUCCCAACGUGGGGCUGCAAGCGGCGUCGACGUCGAGGAAAUGUCGUUCCGCAUGUUCGUCGAGGAAUGGUGCAUCGAGAACGACCUGGUGCUGGUGUCGAGCCACCGGUCGGACGCGGCAGGGAGGCUGUUGUUCCGGCUGCAGGACGCGGGGCAGCGGAGUCACGGUCGUGGCGUGCAAGUGUUUUUGCAGGAUGACACUGUGUUUGUGCUGGAUGACGCGGCGGACAAGGGCAGCGUGCCGUAUGGGCUGGAUGAGAGGCUGGUGGCGUUGGUGAGAGGUGCUGCUUGA